AUGGAGGACAUGGCCAACGUGACGGCACCUGCCAUCCCACCCGAUGUGCUGAAGAGUGCAGCCGUUCCACUACGUCCAAGGCAUAGUGUGUCUUUUGCCCAGCUGAUGAAUGCCAAUGGCCAGACAUGCAAUUUCUUCGUGAGCCAUUGCUGGUCUCACCCAUUUACAAAGACGCUGAUCGCCCUGAACUCGGCUGCAAAGCGCUGGAAAGAUGGAGAAACCACAAAGGUUGCCUUUUGGAUAUGCCUCUUCGCAUUGAACCAGCAUGACUUGGAUGGAGAACUUGGGGGAUGCGAGCUGGCUCGCAUGCCCUUCGCCUACGGCCUCUCCAAGGCAUUGCAAGGCGUUGUCAUGGUGCUCGAUGAGAGGGCAGAGCCGUUUCGAAGGAUAUGGUGUCUUUACGAGGUGCAGCGCGCCUGGGAGCUAGACAAGGACCUGCGAUUGAUCACGGACUGCGCUGAAGGUGUCAGAAUGGACGAGCAGGAGGUCUCCGGCCAAUUCGCCCUGACUGUGGCGGAGGAGCUUCAGAGCAUCAGCGCUUUUGACGCUCGCUCCAGCGCCCUUCGUGACAAGAUCAAUAUCUGGCACAAGAUCAUGAAUGGGUCCGUGAAAGCUGCUUUCCCUGUCGACAUUUUUCGCACGCAUUUCACUUCAGGCUUGUGCAGUAUCCGCGGCUUCGGGAAAGCCUGGUUUACCGAGUUUGAUGCAGGUGUUUGCAGACUGCUGGCCACUCCUGUUUUCAAUUUUAGUUUGGCCAACUCGGACCUGGAAGUGGCUCUGAGAUAUCUUGGACUUGGGGCUCAAUGUUCCCCUGAUGACUUGGACCAGCUCUGCAGAUGCCUUGUCGCUGCCGAUUUAGCGCCGCCGGACCAGGUUUGGGUCAGUAACCCUUCGUGCGGACACUGCCAGCUGACGCACGUGUACGCGCAUUUUGGAAGCUCCGAUCUCCUUGAUUUCCUCUUGAAAGCUCGUGCAGACCCUUUGUGCCAAACGCAAAAUGUAAAGUACCGACAGCCACUGCACUUCGCAGCUAAAGCUGGUCACCUUCAGUGUACAAGACUUCUUCUAAGUGCGCGGGCACAUGCUCAUUGCCUGGACAAGAAUGGGGAAACGCCUUUACAGAUUGCUGCGUAUGGAGGCCACCGGGAAGUAGCGGCCGAGCUUCUUCAAUCCAGGGCCUGGGCAAAUUCGGCGGACGGAGACCAUUGGACGCCUUUGAUCUGUGCAGCAAGGGCAGGCCACGCCUCCAUUGUGGAGCUGCUGAUGGCACACAAGGCUAAUGUGAAGGCGGUGGACAGCAUGGGUCGUUCCGCGCUAAAGCACGCUCAAUUGGCGCAUCACAGUGAGGCUGCAGCAAGACUGGCGGUAGCCACUCGAAAAAUGGACGGCAUAGACGAAGUGGACUACAGCGCCUCAGGCGGCCAUCUGCUCAUGACAGUGCACCAGAAGGAGAGAGCUGAAGCUAUGAAGAUAUCCCGUAUGAUUGUGAAUUUCGCUGCAUGCUCGGGUGCCGAUGUUUUAGUGAUGGGGAGCACUGGCUGCAAGGACACCGGCUCCUCGAACUUUCGGAGAACCACGCUGGGCUCAUCUGCUCAUCUGGCCGCUUUAGAGGCACCAUGCACAGUGGUGCUCAUCCGGCCUGGGUGCAGAGUUGAUCCAAAGCUGGCAACAGUCUUCAUGGUGGCUGUGGACGGAAGCUACCAUUCCAGCUACGCGCUUCAGCUAUGCACGGAAUGGGCUCGUCCAGACAAGGAUGAAGUUGUCUGCCGAGUUUUCGGCCCGCCUGAGUUCACCGAGUCAGUGGAGAGGCUGUGUACAGAUCAGCUACAGGCAGUCAUGCGAGACAAGAAGGUCGAGUAUGCUGUGAUUCCAACGGAGCUCGACGAGACAGCGGACGUGCACGGGGACGACCUGAGUGAUACGGCUCAGCAGUGCCGAUUCCGACAGCAGGCUUUCUUAGUGUUUGGAGCACGAGGGCGCAACUCUGAAGGAGGCACAGAUCCCUCGUCUCCAACCCUUUCUGCAUCGGAACCUGGAUCUCCCGCGGCAGAUGUGCCAACAACUUUGGGUCAUGUUGCCCGCUGGUGCAUCAAAGAGGCUCAAUGCAGCCUCAUCAUUGCUCGGCCAAAGCUUUGGAAGUCGCCAACAGGUCUUGUAAUUUUGCGGGCCUCAUCCUUGCCAUGA